AUGGAAAAGAUGAGAGAGAGCUCAUGCUAGCGGCAAACUUUUUCUUAGAAGCCAUUCAACCUGCGCGCUCGAGGUAAGCAGAAACUUCGCGCGCCGCUGGACUCAUCAGACUCUUCAUUUAAUCAGUGAGUUUGGCGAACAAAAUACGACUCACCUGCGCUCUGGAGCCGCUGCUAAUGGACGUCUUCAAGCUUCUCCUGUCCGUCGUCAUGAUGAUGUCAGCGUCUGAGGGGAGACCAGAAGCAUCAGAUUCUUCCUGCCUUCCCCAGGAUAAAUAUAAAGUCAUUAAAGGUGAAGCUUUUUAUUAUGUGCCCCGCGACAUGGGCGACCCCAACCUGCCCGAUGAAAACAUUACGUGGUACAAAAACGGCCCAGAGGUCAUGAACAUCACCACAGACGAGACACACAGGAUCCAUUACCAUGGAGGAGCGCUGUUUUUCUUAAACAUCAGCGCUAACGACGCUGGUUAUUAUACUGCCAGGCACAUUGAGCCAUCAGGUGAAUGUUUCUACUAUCACCUGAAGAUCGAGGUCUUCAAUGAAGCAAGUCGAGAGAAUAUGACCUAUGGCUCAAUCCAAAACUCUGCGCAGAACAUAAACAUUCCUUGUCCGCAGCCUGUUAAAGACACAUGCAAAACAUUUAAUGGGAAAUUCACCUGGUUCAAGGGCAAGAAUCUCAUUCCUGGUGAACACAAAAAAAACCUGUGGAUAAAUGAUGCAACAAAAGAUGAUGAGGACAUCUACACCUGCUUAUGUACCUGGACUCACAACCACAUGGUGUACAAUUCUUCUGGUUCCAGGAGACUUUUUGCUUUAAAAUUAUCCAUCUUUCCAAAUGCAACAAUUGUCUCUCCCACCAGCAAGGAGCUGUUUGCUGAUGAAGGUUCCAGCAUGAAGCUGAACUGCACUGUUUACUGUGGGAUCAAUGCAGAACGGGAGUGUGAGGCCACCUGGUUGAUCAAUGGAAAACCAGCAAAGCAGAAGGACGGAUACAACGAAACCACCAAGUUAGAGAUAGAGGAUGCUUCAAAGAGAACCUUCUGCACAGCGAUCCUGACCAUCUUCAGGGUUUCAGCAGAAGAUUUCCAGUAUAAGUUUAAAUGUCAGGGCUCAAACUUUUAUAAGACGAACUCUUCAACUCUGACUCUGAAGCAAAGAGAGUCCAUCAUCCCCCUCAUCAUUUCAUGGAUGUGUGUGUUGCUGAUUGCUGCGCUCGCCGCUGUGCUGGUGAAGUAUUUUGCCAUCGACCUCGCUCUGUUGUUCAGGCCCUAUUUCCUUCCAGGAAGACGCAGUGAAGACAUGAAGAUGUACGAUGCCUACGUUGUUUAUCAGACACAGAGCUUAGACAAGGAGACGGAAGACAAACUGUCCGACUUUGUCACAAAGACUCUGCCCUCUGUGCUUGAAGACAAGUGUGGAUAUCAACUCUUCAUCCAGGGAAGAGACGACAUACCCGGGGAAGAUCGUGUGGAGCAGGUUGAGAGCUGCAUCGAGCAGAGCAGGAGGCUGAUGGUCAUCCUGACACCAGGAUCAGGACCAGAGAUGAUGGAAAAUCCCACCUCAGACCAAACCUCAGUGAUUGGAUUUGACUGGCAGGUCGGGCUUCACCACGCGCUGGUGCAGAGGGACAUGAGUGUGAUUCUGAUUCAGCUCGGAGAGAUGGGCCCAGGAGGUUACGGGCGCCUUCCUCCAGGCCUGCAGCACCUGAUCCGUCAGAGCGCCCCCAUCAGGUGGUCGAAGGGCUCUCGGACAGCCUCCAAGUGGAACUCGCGCUUCUGGAAGAGAGUGCGAUACCUGAUGCCUGCCAGACCCGCCAGAAAACGUGAUUCGUCUGCCAUCAUCUAAAACCGCUGAGCUUUGAAAUGUGAAUAUGGAAAAUUAAAUUGAAAUGGCGGACGGGUUCUCGACAACGAAUAAAGAGGAAGGACUUUAUUAGAAGUCCUUCAUAAAAUCCUUUUCCAAGCACAAUAAUAAAACAUUGCAUUUUACCCAAACUCAGCAAAGGUUUGAAUAACUAAGUAGUUCAAAUAAAGACUAUUAUUCGACAACAAGAUGAAAAGAACAAAAACCAAAUGAAAAGCACA